GGCGGCGACUUCCUCCGGGCCGGGCCGGACAGCGCAGGGCCAUGGCCGAGGCGGCCGCGGCUCCGAUUUCUCCGUGGACAAUGGCGGCUACGAUUCAGGCCAUGGAGAGGAAGAUUGAAUCGCAGGCAGCUCGCUUGCUGUCCCUAGAAGGUCGGACCGGCAUGGCCGAGAAGAAGCUGGCCGACUGCGAGAAGACGGCCGUGGAGUUCGGCAGCCAGCUGGAGGGCAAGUGGGCCGUGCUGGGCACCCUGCUGCAGGAGUACGGGCUGCUGCAGCGGCGCCUGGAGAACGUGGAGAACCUGCUGCGCAACAGGAACUUCUGGAUCCUGCGGCUGCCCCCAGGCAGCAAGGGGGAGGUCCCCAAGGUGCCCGUGACCUUUGAUGACGUGGCCGUGUAUUUCUCUGAGCAGGAGUGGGGCAAGCUGGAGGACUGGCAGAAGGAGCUGUACAAGCACGUGAUGAGGGGCAACUAUGAGACGCUGGUCUCCCUGGACUAUGCCAUCUCCAAGCCGGAGGUUCUCUCCCAGAUUGAACAAGGGAAGGAGCCAUGCACCUGGCGGCGCACUGGCCCCAAGAUUCCGGAUGUUCCUGUGGACCCAAGCCCAGGCUCGGCUCCCCCGGUUCCUGCCCCUGACCUCUUAAUGCAGAUCAAGCAGGAGGGUGAGCUCCAGCUGCAGGAGCAGCAGGCCCUGGGCGUGGAGGCCUGGGCAGCCGGGCAGCCUGAUAUUGGGGAGGAGCCCUGGGGCCUCAGCCAGCUGGACUCCGGAGCAGGAGACAUCUCCACAGAGGCUACCUCCGGCGUCCAUUCCACCUUUUCAACCACUAUCCCGCCCACGUCCUGGCAGGCAGAUCUCCCUCCCCACCAUCCCUCCUCUGCGUGCUCGGACGGGACCCUGAAGCUCAACACGGCAGCCUCCACGGAAGCAGAUGUAAAGAUUGUGAUCAAAACAGAAGUGCAGGAAGAGGAGGUGGUGGCCACACCUGUGCACCCCACUGACCUGGAGGCUCACGGGGCCCUGUUCGGACCCGGCCAGGCCACGAGGUUUUUCCCUAGCCCUGUCCAAGAAGGAGCCUGGGAGAGUCAGGGCAGCUCCUUCCCCAGCCAGGACGCCGUGCUGGGGCUGCGGGAGCCCGCCCGGCCCGAGAGGGACAUGGGGGACCUGAGCCCUGCCGUGGCCCAGGAGGACACUGCCCCCGGGGACUGGCUCUUUGGUGGGGUCCGGUGGGGCUGGAACUUCCGGUGUAAGCCUCCAGUGGGCCUGAACCCCAGGACCGGGCCGGAGGGUUUAUCGUACUCCUCCCCGGACAAUGGAGAGGCCAUCCUGGACCCUAGCCAGGCCCCACGGCCCUUCAACGAGCCCUGUAAAUACCCUGGCCGGACAAAGGGCUUCGGCCACAAGCCGGGGCUGAAGAAGCACCCGGCGGCACCCCCCGGGGGCCGGCCCUUCACUUGCGCCACGUGCGGGAAGAGCUUCCAGCUGCAGGUGAGCCUGAGCGCCCACCAGCGCAGCUGCGGCCUGCCGGACGCGGCGGGCUCCGGGGCAGCAGCCUCUUCGGGCGGCGGCGGCGGCGGCGGCGGAGGUGGAGGCGGAGGCGGAGGCGGCAGUGCAGGAGGCAGCGGCGGCAGCGCCCGGGAUGGCAGCGCCCUGCGCUGCGGCGAGUGCGGCCGCUGCUUCACGCGGCCCGCGCACCUCAUCCGCCACCGCAUGCUGCACACGGGCGAGCGGCCCUUCCCCUGCACCGAGUGCGAGAAGCGCUUCACCGAGCGCUCCAAGCUCAUCGACCACUACCGAACGCACACGGGCGUGCGGCCGUUCACCUGCACCGUGUGCGGCAAGAGCUUCAUCCGGAAGGACCACCUCCGCAAGCACCAGCGCAACCACGCGGCGGGCGCCAAGGCGCCGGCCCGCGGCCAGCCGCUCCCGCCGCUGCCCCCGGGGCCGCCGGACCCCUUCAAGAACCCCGCGACCAAAGGACCCUUGGCCUCCACAGAGCUUGUGACCGACUGGACUUGUGGCCUAAGUGUCCUGGGGCCCGCCGACGGCGCGGACCUGUGAGCCCCAAGUGUAAAAAUCCCUCUUGCAGACAGCAGGGCGAGGCUGAGCUCAGAGGCAGCGGCGGACGCGGGUGGGAACCGGAGUUCCCAGUUGCAGAACUCAUCACUGGAAAACGCGAGACUGUCAGUGCAGCUUCCGCCUCCAACCCAGGUAGAAUUCUGAUUGUGAAACUGAGCACCGUAGAAUUUUAAGUAAUUUAAUUGCAAAACUGGUUUGUUUGUUUUUAAUUCUUGAGGGGAAAAGAAAAAAAAAAAAGCUGCAAAGUAAUAGUAAGCGCGGGUUUGACUCUGUAGCAGGCUCUUGGUUUUCAGGGCACCACUAGCUGUGUCUUGCUGAGUGACGACAGGUGAGUACUGGGAAGCCGGCGGCUGGGGAGGGAGGUGCGGAAGGCCCCGGCCCCACUGACUGCUAGGGGUGGGUCCCCCAGAGAGCUGAGGCCCUGCUCUGCCAGGGUGGGCAGGUCUGCACAUGGGCUGCCACUCGGCAGGAAGGACCCACCCAGGAGCCACUGUUACAACUCCCAGCUUGCCUCUUCAUCCAGAAAGGUCCCCUCAACUGCUGGCCUGGCCUGGCCUGACCUUUCCCUAUUUGGGGCCACCUGGGGGUACCUCUCUGAAGGGAACUUGGCCAUGUCCCCUGUUGAGUGAGUCCCGGGCUAUAAAGCAGCAUUGUCAAAAGCCACAGUGUUGGUCCUGGGAGGGUGAAGAAGCCGAGGCGAGGAGUGGAGCCCGCAGACAUCUGGUGGUCACCCCGGAGCCAAGAGCGAAGUGUGGCUGCCACUGCCCACUCCUGCCCCAUGCCUCCGGCGGGACGGGCGCCCUGACUCCAGGAGGCAGCAGGCAGGCAUUCUUUCCUUUGAGACAUGAGAAAGUUAAGGCUCAAAGGGGACACGUCUCAGUCUCACGGUGGGUGCACAGUGAGAAGGCUUUGAGAAGGGCCGCAGUGGGACGCUGCUCCUGCCCUUGGAGCGGCAGUUUGGGGAGAAAAGGUUUUCAUUUUCACCCUCUAAAAAGAUUGAUCCCGCACCUGCAUGAGUCAGAUCAUCAAGCCUCAAAGAAACUUUGGGUGCAGCAGCUGUCCUGCUGCGCCCCAGCUUCCCUGGUGAGUACACGCACCCCUGCACGGGGUACUCGGAAGGCAGCGUGAGAGCUGGGGACCCGGUCUGCGGCUUGCUCCCAAGCCUGUUCUCUUCAGGCUGGAAUGAGAAACAGGCCCAGGUUUCUUGAUUGUACCACAGUGCUGUCCCUACCACACGAACACCCAUUCCUGUUUUGUUGACUCUGCCUCUGGUCCUCUCCCAGAGUAACUCAUCUCCCUGUGGAGGAGAGGCCCUGGCAUCCAUCUGUUCAGCUCCCUCAUGCGUACUUUUAUUAGGCAAUAGACUAGUUAAGAAAAUUGUUUCUAUGUACUGUAUAUUUUGUACCUGUUUACACUUCUAAUAUUGAUAUAACUGAUAUUUUGAAAAACAAAUGGACAGAAAACAUCUUGUUAAAAUAAAACCUAACCAGCACCAAGGCGGU